CGACAACGCGCCCAGCAUAGCCAUCAUCAUCGAUCUGUAUUCAAAUGCUCGAAAGCUGUCGUACAGCCGUCGACGUCUUCUGUGGUUCUUACCCACCACUAUUCACUACGCCAGGACUAUGCCCAAGCUCCGUACAGGCCUGUUGGCCUCACUCUCCCUUGUUGAUGCCUUCACUCCAGUGACUUCAACAACUGACAGCGGCAAUAAUGCAAAGAGACAAGAGAGCCCAUGCGCGCAGCUCAACACCUCGCUACAGGAUAGGACAGUUCCAGCACAGAUUGCUCUGUCAUGUUUACGGACAGUCCCGCUGCAAAAUGAGGCCAAUAUUGACCAACUGGACGGCUUGCGAAUAUUCUUGGAAUCGGAGAGCGAUCUUUUGUAUCUCAACAGUUCAGAGCCUGCACGCUUAUACCCUGAUGUCGAUCUGCUUGCAGGACUCGAUACCUUGCAGCAGAGGCUAGGAGAGGACUACUACUCCAAUGAAUUCGAUUUCCAAGCCGAUAUUGCUCGACUUUUCGCAUCAGCAUAUAACGGGCAUCUAGUUUACGUGCCGGACAUCGUUGGUGUAUUCAGCUUGGCACACAUAUUGGACGACCAGCUGUUCUCACUCGUAUCCGUAUCGUCCGACGGCACCAGUUUGCCAGACGUGUACGCUUACAGAGACCUUGCUGCUCUGACCCAAUCUCAAGGAAGGGAGUAUGAGCCAUCUCCCAUCACUGAAAUCAAUGGUCGCGGAGCUGAGGACUUCCUCAAUGAACAUGCCGCCUUGACUGGCGAUCGACACGAUCCAGACGCAAACUACAACAGACUAUUUCCCAAUGAACUGUCGCGACAGUAUCUGCCAAGUGGGUCAGGGAUGUUUGAACAGUUCCAGUUCCUGCAGGAUCCUGGUGAGGAAACUGUGGUAUCGUUUGACAAUGGCACAGAAGUACGUGUGCAGGUGCUUGCCGCCACGGAUCUCGACGUGUCUGGAAUCUCGGACGGGCAAGAAUUCUUCCAAAGGUGCUGCAACAACAGCGUAUUACAAAUUUUGACUGACCCAUCAAUGCUCCCUGACGAAGGCCGGAAGAGAUCCUUGCAGCGUCGGCUUAUCCCAGAAAUGGAGGACGCGACUUUCAAAUAUCUCCGGAACGAGGAGCAGCAUGCUCACAUCUCGUGGAAUGCGCACAUCCCCAAAUCACUACAAGGAAGACAAGCUGCUCGCUCGGGAUCGCCUUUCCCGGAACCGGUCUUCGGGCUGGAAGAUGGCAGUAUGACUGGAUACUUUGUAGAGGGAACGCCUGACCUUGCAGUACUCGCCAUUGCUAGUUUUCUCCCAUCUGGAUCGCCGGAGACUGCGACAUUUGAAUUUGGCAAUGCGGUUCGCCGGUUCCUGGAUGCUGCUAGUGACGCGCAGAAGACUAGAUUGGUUAUCGAUCUGCGCGGAAAUGGGGGUGGCUACGGAUUUCUCGCACACGAGACCUUUCGGCAGCUUUUCCCAGAUCAGACUCCCUACGACGCAUACAACUAUCGAGCCACUGAGCUCUUCGACGCUAUUGGACAAACUGUGAGCGAGCAGCUGUCCGAUGUGACCACUGAAGAUUUUGGUCCAGGGAGUGCACCGGCUCUGUUCUCGGGUCCUUAUCCUUUCAACUAUCGCCAACAGCUCGAUGCUGAGAACAACACCUUCAGUUCUUGGUCUGAUCUGUUCGGUCCAGCAGAUGUUCCAUCAACGGAUGACCAGCUUACAAAUAUUGUUCGUGCGAAUGUCAGCAACAUAUACCAAACGGCAUUCCCAGUAUACCCACUUGGGCGGAAUCGAGUCGCGCCGGAAGUCUUCGAGCCUGCAAACAUCGUGUUGCUGCAAGACGGUGCCUGCGCUUCAACAUGCGUGCUGUUCAGCGAGUUCAUGAAAGCAAGUGCCCCGGGCACGAUUCGCUCAGUGGUCGUAGGUGGCCGUAGGCAAGAGGGCCCAAUGCAAUACGCGGGAGGCGUGAAGGGAGGUCAACUAACGCCAAUGGCACAAGUGGGCAGCAUAGUCCUUGGUGCUUUGCAGAACGCCACCCUCUCCCAGCAGCUGGACUUCGAACGGACCUUUGGACAGCAGCUAAUAACAUCAGCAAUUGCUGCUCUCAGUCGUGCCUACUACAACCCGCAAGGAACAAUUGCAAGUCUGCUGGCAAGCAUCAACUUCCGCAACACAAUUCGAGAAGGGGACUCCAGCGUUACCCCCUUGCAGUAUGUGUAUGAUGCGGCGUCCUGCAAGAUAUUUUACACUGCGCCUAUGUACAGGUCGCAGGAGCUGCUGUGGGAAAGAGUCUACGAGGUAGCAUGGGAAAAUGGCAACUGUGUCUCCGGAUCGACUGAUCACCCUUCGGCCAAUCGCACUACAGAGUACGAGGCUAUAGAGAUUCCGGAGAACGCAGAGAGCACUUUUGGCAUCAGACUCAGUCAAGAACAAGGCGAGCUGGGUACGGGAGCUGCGCCUUCUGGUGGCGAUGAGAAUGGAGACGAGAACGCAUCUGGGAAGACAGCUAUCUCCAUGAUCAGCAUCCACAUCGGUCUUGCCAUAGCCGUUGUGGCUAGCAUAGUGUAG